AUGGCAUAUAUUGGUUGUACAGGGAUUUUAAACUCCCUUACUUUUAAUGCUCGAUUGGAUGCACGUGACAGACUACGGCGACAGUAUGAUAUUCGAAGAGUUGGCUUUUCAACCAGAGAUGGUGAAUUUGUUGAAGCAUUUUAUGCUGACCGUCGAGGAUCGAAUCGAAUUUCAUCAGAAUCUGCCUCAGUUGCUAAUGGGGAUUCCAAAGGAGAAGUUUUGAUACUUUGUUGUGAAGGUAAUGGUGGAUAUCCUGAGAUUGGAACACCCUUGGUCCCACUUGAACAAGGCUAUUCAGUUUUAGGAUGGAAUCAUCCUGGUUUUGGAGAAAGCACGGGUUUACCGUUUCCGGAGAAGGAGCAAAAUGCUGUAGAAGCAUGUUUUUUAUUCGCUGUACAUCGACUCAACUUUCAACCUGAACAAAUUUAUUUAUUUGGUUGCCAUGAACUUUCGGAUAUUGCUGGUUUGAUUUUGGACGCCACUUUUGAUAAUAUAGACGAGCUGUCCAAAAGGUCUGCACCAUCUGCGUUUGAACCAGUUUUGGAAGCUGUUGUCAAAGACUAUCUGGACCUAAAUAACUUAUCACAUGUUACAAAUUAUGACGGUCCGGUACUCAUUAUUCGACGAAGUGAUGAUGAAAUCAUCAGUACAGGAGAUAAUCCUUCACGAGCGACUAAUAGAGGAAAUUUCCUGCUCAUUGGUCUUAUGAAGCAUCGAUUUCCGUAUUUGAUGACUUCAGAAAAUGAAUCUAUCCUUGGAUUGUAUUUGUCUCUUAGUGCUCAAGAACAACGCAAUUUACUUAACGAACUUAACUGUAUUCCAGAACAUUACAGUAAACUUGUCACAAGUUAUUUAAAAGAUGAAGCACUCGAUAGACAAAGUAGAUCAGAUUCACGACCAACUCUUCCUGUAUCUGUCCCUACACGUGGUUUAUUUCCAUCAAAACUUGGUAAACAGAUUACGGAAACUGAUGUGAAGAGAAAUAUGCUUCUCUAUAUCGUAUCUCAGUACUAUGUUGAAUCACCUGGAACACAUUGUACUCCUCUGGCGAGUGAGUAUUUACGUCCACCAUGGUCACCGCUGGCAAAUGACGCAUUAUCUGAAUCCUCAGAAACUGAUCUUGAUAAUGCUGUCAGUGACUAA